AUGGAUACAUCACCCACCGCUCUAUUCGACUCGUAUGAGCAGGACUUUCGACAGUUCAUUGAGACCAUCAAGGAGAACCUAGAGAGCAGUGAGACGGAGGCUAACGGCGAGCAGAAGAAGGCUACCCUCAGGAGAGCAGAGAUGGACCUAGAUGAAGCGGAUGAGAUGGUAUCUCAAAUGGAAAUAGAGAUCCAAGGGAUCCCUCAAUCUGUCCGCGCCCAAUACCACACCCGUCUACGUGCCGCCAAGGCAGACCUCUCGCGGUACAAGAAGCUCCUAGCCGACUCCCGUGCACAACUCGCCCGUGCAGACCUACUUUCCUCAUCAAACAACGCCUACUCUUCCUCUGACGAUCCUUACAACUCCUCGAGCGACCGAACACGCUUGCUCGCCGGCACAAAUGCCCUAGAGCAGGGUACAAAGCGUUUACAGCAGUCGCAGCAGCUCGCAUUAGAGACAGAGAACCAAGGUGCUGACAUCCUAAUGAACCUGAGAACGCAGAGAGAGCAAAUCGAGAACUCGAGAAAUACGCUCGAACGUGCAGACCUCGCAAUUGAUCGUGCCUCCAGCACACUGAAGCAGAUGGUUCGACGGAUGUAUCAACAACGUGCUGUCACGAUUGGAAUUGUUGCAGUCCUUAUUACGCUCAUCGUAGUUAUAGCCUGGGAGAAGCUAUCUGGCUGA